UCCUAAUGAAAUUACUGAGCAAAGAUCUAAAAUGAAGGAGGAGAAGGAGAAAGAGUUUUAAUAGUUUAGAUUUGUUCAUGCUUUGCAUGCUCUUUUGCUAGCUAUAUGUGAAUUCCAUAAACUAUUCGACCUUAUGGACGUCGUUAAAAACAUUCAUUCAUCCUUGCCUGCAUUCAUUUUUCCUUGAAAAUAAUACUGACCCAAAUUUCGCAUCCAUAAGGCACCACCGGAAUGUACGCACUCACUGUGAAAGCAAUAACAUCGAGGCCUCUUUAACAGUUGCACUGUCAAUCUCGAGCUGCAAAGAAGGGCUUGUAUCAUUUCCCGAAAACAAUGUCGUCAGCAGCAAACGGCAAUGCAAGCCCGAGACCGGAGAAGAUGUCGUUAGAGGGAGCUGAUGAGGAGGACGAUUAUUCUGUCAGAUGGGAGUUCCUCAAGACACUUCCACACAGUUUUUGGAGAGCACUUUAGGAGGCCGCACCAUAUCUAUUGUUGGCCAUACAGCCCAAGGAGUGGCGUGAACAUUGGGGAAGGUGGCGAUUAGGGUUUGAGGAGGUUUUUGUGGCUGUUUGAAGGCAUUUUGGGUCUGCUUUGUCAUUUCAAUUCUCUUCGUGGUUAUUGGAGGUGUUCUUGGAGAGUGGCAUCCAUUUCUAUAUAGCCAUUUUAUUGAUUAUAAGUGCCAGAACAAACUUCUUCAUUGCUGCAUUUUAUAUACUUAUAAGGGAUGUUGCCUUUGUCAUUGCAAGUCCUGACUUACUGCUGGCUUCUGGGGAGGUUUUAAUAUUUUGUCUCUAUGAACCUUUUUAAACUUAGCAUAAUCUAUUUUUCUGAAGUUCCCAACGGUGAGCACAGAAAUGCUGGGCGGAGACACAUUGAAGUGGAAGGAGUCUAAAAAAUGGCUGAGGAUGUUGAAUUUGCAGCAUGUAACUGAUUGGUUUGAAGCUCGAAAAUGUGUAAUGAGAUUAGGAGAUCAUUUCGCUGCAUGCAUUGAAUAUGUAUUACGAUUUUCCCCUAUUGUGCAAGUUGAACAGCUUGUUAUUUCUCAACAAGUAAGGCAACAAGUACCCUCUGCUGGUGUGCAGUCAUUUUGUCAAAAUGAUGGGACAAUGUUUGAAAGCAACACUCUGGAACCUGCUUCUCAGCAAUCAGAAAGACCUGAAUUUUCAACAAAUAGGCCAGAUUUAUCAGACCUCAAUAUCUUGCAAAUGAGCAUAGGUGAUUUUAACGACCCAUUGAUGGCGAAAAUAGAUGUUAAUGUUGCUCCGUCUGCUGGAGUGCAUAAACAGAAAAAAAGAUUAUUCAGAAAGAUGAGCAGAAUGAAAGCUUGCAAAACUGAAAUUCGUACAAUUGGUGAAUUUGACUUUUUGUUUCGGCGCCCUCAUUUUGAUCAAAAUGCAUCCAAACAGUAUACAAAUGGCUUUGGAAGUAUCAAGAAAGAUACUUUGGAAUUAGAAUUGCCACACAAGGUUGUGUUUGAGGAAGAAGUGCACCACUGGGAAGCUUCUGUUAAAUUUUUGUUGUAUGCAGGUCCUUGGGAAGCAUUUGGUUUUGAAUCACCAGGCAAUGCCACAUGGAGACUGAAAAGGCUUGAUGGUGCUCUUGAGGAAGGUUUCUUGUAUGAGCCUCAAAAUCAACGCACUCCUGCAAAUCCCUCAAAUCUAUCAAAGUUUUCUUGGGAAAAUAAUGAGUUUUUAGGCUGUUUUCUUGGCCCACAUGUAGGAGAGACUCUGUAUGAUAGAAAAUGUCGACUGCAAAAUCAGCUUGCUCUCUCACAAAACCCAUCAGCUGCUUCAUUUCUUCGCCAGACUUAUGGUAUUUCAGAAUUACCAGAGCAGGUUGCCCAUACUGGCCAUUUUUCUGAUAAACACACUACUGAAGAAACAAAAAAAAUAAUGUUGACAGAAAAUAUGUCUGCUCUGAAGAUUGCCCCUGGUGCACUGUUGAAAGGUUUUCUGUUUUAUGAGCAUGAACUAUGGCAACUUUUGAGAGGAUCAAGAAGAAGAAAUAGACCAUUCGAUAUCUGUGGCCUUUGUUCUAGAUUGACUACGAACUCUUCAAGAGAGGAGCAGGUCAUGGAUCCUCAUAUCAUCAUUGAAAAUUGUUCUAAUGGGGACGCAUUUGCUUCGCACGAAACCAACUACCAUUGCCAAUGCUCCUGUUAUAAAUCAGAGUCAAAACUUAAUCCAAAGCAUUUUAUGGGAUGGUGGACUCAUAUUGAUAAAUUUGCCGAGUUUGCAGAUCAUGGUGCUUCCGAAAAAAGCAGGUGGUACAUAAUUCCAAAGCAAGAAUGGCUUUCACCGGUUAUCAUAAAUGGGUCUGAUUUGGAAGGUUCUGCAAAGAUACUGACAUUGCAAGAAUUUUUGGCUGUGGCUGCCGAAGUUGCUGAAGAAGCUGCUUUGUCAGAGAUUCCACGAAAGCGACGUUUUAUGGUUGCAGAAGUUUGCUGGGAAGCUGGUUUCUUAUAUUCUAUGGAAUCUCAAGCUCAAUCUCAAGGCCUCUGGAUUGAAGCUAGCAGAGGAUUUGUAGUUGAAGAAUCCUGGCCAGAUACCAGAGUGUACAGGCCUCAUGGUUAUGUUCCAGAUUUCUCCCAUGGUUUGCAGCAGGACUUUAAAUAAAAUUGGUCCGAACCUCUGGUGAACAUCUUCAGGAGUGUGCAGUUGAACACUUACCAAAAUUUCACCAAGCCAAAAGUGGAGGUAAUGGAGAAUUUAAAGCAGGCACCUGUAGAUAUUGUUCACUUCAAUAUAUUGUUUUACAUGUCCAGCAUAGAUAUUAAUUAUACAUUUUUGUAUCUUUGGAUAUAUUUCUCCUUCUGAUUGGAUCCUUUAUUGUAAUAUCUUUUAACACCGUAGUUGAAAGGACCACUA